AUGGACCCCUCGGGGACGUCUGGUCAUUCGGCUCCUCCUGGCUACAGCGAGGAGCCACCGUCCUACUCGCUGCCGAAUAACUACGAUGAUAACGAUGACAUGAGAGCUUCCAUGUCCGCCGCUGGCGCGAACGCUUCGGCGACGAUGAGGCUGCUGCCUGCGGGCUCCGGAAGCAGUAUCAAUGAGAACUACGAUACAUACAAUAUGUACGAUACUUACUCUGUUGGUAGUGACCUUGGGAGCGCCCAAUUCGGGGCGCAGAACCCUUCAAUAAUACAACGUCAACACAGCAGUCCUGUCAAAGGCAGCGUAAAGGGAAAGAUGUCUUCACUACGUCUAUGUCACCCUGCUGUCCCUGCUCCCCUGCGUCUCGCUAGCCCAAAGCCACCUAUUAUUCCAAGCCUCAGGCGUCAAAAUGACAGUCUCACCCUAGACGACUUAUUUCUACCCCCAAUUCAUAUCAACCAUGGAGGCGCACUGUCCUCCAUUCAGGAGGCAAUCGAUGAACUUGAAGCUGACCAGAAAUUAACUAGUUCCCCCACAUCUCCCUCAAGAACUUCCUCCCAGCGAUAUCAUCCCCUUAAUUCAAAUUCCACUACCACUGCCCCCAUUCCACAGCCCGCCCCACCUUUAGGUCCGGCUCCAGUGAUACCACCACCAGGCGCACCGAGCGUAGACGGGUCCCAGUUCUCCGUACGCUCCUCCUCGCCUACCAGACCAUGGACUCCCUCGCGUAGUACUGACUGGCAGCGGCGCCCACCGUCAGUUUCAAGCAUCAAUUACGAGCCAGCAGAUCUCAACGGAAGCCCUCGUCCAGGGACUCCUAGCUCAAGAUAUGGGGGGAGUCCAAGGCGUCCCCUUCCUCCAGCGCCACUGUUUUCCGGCCCAGCCCCAGUAUCUUCUUCUAAUGAAGCUACCAUUGAUAUAGGGGAGGGUGAGCCAAACGGAGAAACAGAUGAUGUUUUUGGAGGUAAUGGCCGAACCAUAAAUCCAAAGCGUUCGUCACACGGCAGUGUGAGGUCUUAUGGGUCAUACCUCAGCGAAUCGACCAUGGUGACAGAGGAAAAGGAACAUAUGAAAAAGGACAGCCUCGACGAAGAUGACGAGAGUGAUGGUGAAGUCUAUGCUCCAGCACCUACUGGGCGUCAAGAUAGACGAGGUGUGAGGCAGGCAUUGAUGGCAAAGAAAGAAGUCAAGCUUGUCAACGGUGAGCUUAUUCUGGAAUGUAAGAUUCCUACCAUCUUGCACAGCUUUUUGCCCAGGAGAGAUGAUCGAGAAUUCACCCAUAUGAGGUACACUGCCGUCACAUGCGACCCUGAUGACUUCGUCGCAAAGGGGUAUAAGCUUCGCCAAAAUAUCGGCAGUACCAUGCGUGAAACGGAGCUGUUCAUAUGCGUUACCAUGUACAACGAAAAUGAAAUCGACUUCACCCGUUCGAUGCAUGGUAUCAUGAGAAAUAUCUCUCAUUUCUGUUCCAGGAGCAAGUCUCGCACAUGGGGAAAAGACGGGUGGAAGAAAAUCGUCGUUUGCAUCAUCGCUGAUGGAAGACAUAAAGUUCACCCUCGCACUUUAAACGCUCUCGGCGCCAUUGGUGUAUAUCAGGAUGGCAUUGCGAAGAACAUAGUUAACCAGAAAGAGGUCACGGCCCACGUGUACGAAUACACGACUCAGGUCUCCUUGGACCCGGAAUUGAGAUUUAAGGGUGCAGAGAAGGGAAUUGUGCCUUGCCAGAUGAUAUUUUGUCUCAAGGAGCGAAACCAGAAGAAGCUCAACUCUCAUCGAUGGUUCUUCAAUGGAUUUGGCCGUGCAUUGAACCCUAAUGUUUGCAUUUUGUUAGACGUUGGAACGAAACCGGAGCCAACUGCCUUAUAUCAUCUCUGGAAAGCUUUCGACCAGGACUCCAAUGUGGCUGGUGCUGCCGGAGAGAUCAAAGCUGGCAAGGGAAAAGGAUGGGUAGGCCUGCUUAAUCCCUUGGUUGCAUCUCAAAAUUUCGAGUAUAAGAUGUCCAAUAUUUUGGAUAAGCCGCUGGAGUCUCUAUUUGGAUAUAUUACUGUGUUGCCUGGUGCGCUUAGUGCUUAUCGAUACCAUGCACUGCAGAAUGAUUCCACUGGCCAUGGGCCACUCAGCCAAUACUUCAAAGGAGAGAUGUUGCAUGGGAAAAAUGCUGAUGUGUUCACAGCGAAUAUGUAUCUUGCUGAAGAUCGUAUCCUCUGCUGGGAAUUGGUUGCUAAACGGGAAGAGCAAUGGCUCUUGAAGUUUGUCAAGAGUGCUGUGGGUGAAACUGAUGUCCCAGAUACUGUGCCUGAAUUUAUCUCUCAACGUCGAAGAUGGCUUAAUGGAGCGUUCUUUGCUGCCGCCAAUUUCUAUAUCACAUUCUACUUCGUUGCUUUGGCUGUGGCGGAUCCAAAGAUAGAUCCAUUCGGUCAUGGAAUAGCCAACGUCAUAUUUAUUAUUCUGAGAUAUGCUUGUGUGUUACUCAUUUGCUUGCAAUUCAUCCUUUCCAUGGGUAAUCGACCCCAGGGCGCGAGGAAAAUGUUCUUGAGUGGAAUGAUUGUAUACAGUAUAAUCAUGAUAUACACUACCUUUGCUGGAUUAUACGUCGUCAUCCGUCAAUUCACGUCAAAAGAUAAUAAGGACAAGCUUACUCUGGGGCAAAACGUGUUCACUAAUGUGAUUGUAUCGACCCUGUCAACCAUCGGUCUAUACUUCGUCAUGUCGUUCAUUUAUCUCGACCCAUGGCACAUGUUUACCUCGUCUGCCCAAUACUUUGCCCUUUUACCAAGCUACAUCUGCACGCUGCAGGUAUACGCCUUUUGUAACACUCACGAUGUUACCUGGGGUACAAAGGGAGACAACGUCCUACAUACUGAUCUCGGCGCGGCACGUACCACGGGCUCCUCAACAGUCGAGCUUGAAAUGCCUUCUGAGCAACUUGAUAUCGAUAGUGGAUAUGACGAGGCACUCCGUAACCUUCGUGACAGACUCGAGGUUGAAAAGCCACCGGUGCCUGAAUCACAGAUGCAAGAGGACUACUACCGAGCUGUUCGAACCUACAUGGUGUCUGUAUGGCUGAUUGCCAACGCCAUCCUAGGAAUGGCGGUGACAGAAUCGUACAGCAAAAAGCACAUCGGAAGUAACGGCUACCUGGCUUUCGUACUAUGGAGUGUGGCUGGCCUCGCUGUGUUCCGUGGCAUAGGUUCUACGGCCUUUGCGAUUCUCAACGUCGUUCAAAUGAUUGCAGAGGGCAAGAUGAAGUUUUCUGCUGGGAAUUUCUCUAUUGGUAGCUAUGCAGGAAGCUCCGCUGCUGCAAGUUCGAUUGGAAAGAAGCUUCCGCAUAGGAGCGUCAAGGAGAAGGUCACUGACUGGUUUACUGAAACUGGAUGGACUGUGAAGAGGCAGUUCCGUAAAGUGGCUUUUUGGAGAAAAUGA